GAUACAUCAAAUCUGCAUCAAAGGUUAAAAGAUAUAAUCAUGAUACGGUAGCUUUUUUUGCAACACUCUCUGUACAUUCGCUGGAUCAUCUUGAUGCCCAGAAAAACAUCAUUUAUAAUGAGAUCCUCACAAAUAUUGGAAAUGGUUACAACAAUAGCAAUGGUGUUUUCACCGCCCCUGUCAGUGGCCUCUACCUUAUAACAACCAGUGUACUGUCAAGACAAGACAUGGAAUUCUGGGUAGUUAUUGCGGUAAAUGAUCAGGUUAUCGUAAGACUGAAUGAGCGUGGGACAGAUGGUAGACAUGGAAGCGGGUCACAAACAAUAAUUCUUAGUCUAAACAAAGGAGAUGAGGUAGAAGUACAAAACGAACACACUGAUGAUUCCUUCUGGGGUAAUAAAUACUCCAGCUUUGGUGGCUAUCUUCUGCAGGCGCUGGAAUCGGAACCGUCUUCGAUUAUGGGAUGAAAUGUAUUUUGAAUAAAGUAGUAAUACUUGA